AUGCCGUACAGCCCCCGUCCCCGCGUGAGUCGUCUUCACACAUUGGUAUUGUUAAGUACUUAUUCCAGCUUAGAGGCUUUCAGCUGUUACAAGAAGGACGUAGCUGUGCCCCGCGCCUUAACAGACGAGGGCGGUACCAGUGGUCCUGAU